UUGGGGGUGGUGAGGGGAGCGAGAGAGCGAGCGAUGGUGCCAGACUUCAGCUGGGGUCUGCGGCUGCUCACCCCGCCCCCGCAGCAAGUGAGAGGGCAUUAGCUGUCAUUGGACAAAUCAUGCCAUCCUUCUUCCAGAAACCCAGGAAAGCCAUCCACCUGGUGCCAGGCUCCUUAUCCCGCGAACUUCCAGGGAACCUCUUCCCAGAGCCACAGACGAGAGCAGGAGGGACAAUGUCCAUGAUCGCGGCUUUCUAUGGCAACAAGUCCAUCCUCAUCACAGGGGCCACCGGCUUCCUGGGCAAGGUGCUGAUGGAGAAGCUCUUACGGACCAGUCCCCACCUGAAAGUCAUCUACAUCCUUGUGAGGCCCAAGGCUGGCCAAACCCUGCAGCAGAGGGUCUUCCAGAUCCUGGACAGUAAGCUGUUUGAGAAAGUAAAAGAGUCGUGUCCCAAUGUACAUGAGAAGAUCAGGCCCAUCUCUGCAGAUCUGGACCAGAGGGACUUCGCCAUGGGCAAGGAGGACAUGCAGGAGCUGCUGGCCUCCACAAACAUCAUCUUCCACUGCGCGGCCACCGUGCGCUUCGAUGCCCAUCUCAGAAACGCUGUGCAACUGAACGUCAUCGCCACCCAGCAGCUCUUAGUAAUGGCCAGUCAGAUGCCGAAGCUGGAGGCCUUCAUACACUUCUCUACGGCCUUUUCCAACUGCAACCUGAACCAAAUUGAUGAGGUCAUCUAUCCAUGCCCCGUGGAGCCCAGGAAAAUCAUUGAUUCUAUGGAGUGGUUAGACGACACAAUUAUCGAGGAGAUCACUCCCAAGCUGAUCAGGGACUGGCCCAAUACCUACACGUACACCAAGGCCCUGGGCGAGAUGGUGAUUCAGCAAGAGGGCGGCAACCUGAACAUUGCCAUCAUCAGGCCCUCCAUCGUGGGCCCGUCCUGGCAGGAGCCCUUCCCAGGUUGGGUUGAUAACCUGAACGGCCCCAGCGGGAUGAUCAUCGCGACUGGGAAAGGAUUUCUUCGGUCCAUAAGAGCUACUCCGAUGGCGGUGGCGGACUUAAUCCCAGUAGACAUGGUUGUCAAUCUCACGCUGGCGGCCGGGUGGUACACGGCAGUCCACAGGCCUAAAUCAUUAUUAAUCUACCAUUCCACAACUGGUGGCCUCAACCCGUGCAAGUGGUCUGAAAUGGGAUUGCAAGUAUUGGCAUCCUUCAAAAAAAUUCCAUUUGAGAAAGCUUUCAGAAGGCCCAAUGCUAACUUCACAACCAAUAGUUUGAGUGCCCAGUACUGGAAUGCAGUCACCCACCGGGCUCCAGCCAUCGUUUAUGAUUGCUACCUGGUACUUACUGGAAGGAAGCCCAGGAUGAUGAAGCUCAUGACCCGACUGCUGAAGACCAUCUCCAUGCUGGAGUAUUUCACCAACCGGAGCUGGGAGUGGACUUCGGCCAACUCGGAGAUGCUGCGGUCGGAGAUGAGCCCCGAGGACCAGCGGGUAUUCAACUUUGAUGUGCGUCAGCUGAAUUGGCUUGAAUACAUUGAAAACUAUGUCAUGGGAGUUAAGAAAUACCUGUUGAAAGAGGAUAUGGCUGAAAUCCCCAAGGCAAGGCAACACUUAAGAAGGCUCCGGAACAUCCACUACCUCUUUAAUACCGCACUCUUUCUCAUCAUCUGGCGCCUCCUCAUGGCAAGAUCCCAGGUGGCUCGGAACGUCUGGCUCUACAUCGUAAGCUUUGGUUUUAAGCUGCUCUCCUACUUUAGAGCAUCCAGCACACUCAAGGCUUAAGAACGUUCAACAAGCACCUUUCGUCUAGAGCCUCUAAGUGGGUACACUGGUUCUCAGGAGUGGGACACAAAACAAGGACCACACCCAGGCCACCAAAUGUCAGACAUGCUGUUUUCACUCACCCCUACUUCUGAACUUUUUUUUUUUUUUUUGAGGCAGGGUCUCACUCUAGCUCAGGCUGACCUGGAAUUCACUAUGUAGUCUUAAGGUGGCCUUGAACUCACAGCGAUCCUCCUACCUCUGCCUCCCGAGUGCUGGGAUUAAAGGCGUGCGCUACCAUGUCCGGCUCUACUUCCAAACUUCUUGUGAGAAGGAACAUCAAAGCCUAUAGUCCCAGUUUUGGAUUGUGACAACUAUUGUUCUAUGCCCGUGAAAGCGCCUUGUUUCUAUGCUUAGUUCUGCCUUCCCUGCCCUCCUGAGGGUUAAUGUGGCCUCGCAUGGCAGAAGCCCAAAUGAGUGGAGAAAGGCAUGACCUGGGAUCCGUGCUGGGCGCCCAGGAGGGUUAGUCAGCACCCCCACAUGCUCCUGCCUGGCCAUGUUGUACCCUGGAGCCCUGGUCCUGGGGUGAGGGAAUGAGAAAAGUAGACCCCACACUGGCCAUUUUCUAACACCACUCAGUCCUAAAACACCACACCAGGUGGUCUUUGUCUGAGAAGUCUGCAUGACACUUUUGUGUUACAUGAAAGCGACCAACUACAUGACAAAAUGUGACAUUGAGAUAUAGGGUUGGUUCCUGGAAUGUACUUUUCAAUUACUGUUAUUACUUCCACUGACAAAAUAUCCAGCUUAGCUUCGGGUUAAAUAAGAUUGAAUUACCAACUCCCCUCCUUCCCACUGUCGUCUUUAACUGCAGACGGCUGCACAUCUGCCCACAAACCCUCUUCCCAGGAGAACGAAAAUAACCUUCCAAGAACUCUUUUAACUAGAGAAAACCAAGGGGACACCGUUGAUAUGGUUAUAAUGUUCCACCUGUGUUAUCAGAUGCAUGGCACAAAGAGUCACCUUGCAUAACACGAGAGGAAGUUCGUAGUAUGUAAGGAUUUCACAUCAGAAACAAUUAUCACUCACCUGAGACCU